AUAGAGAGCACCGCGCGCUCGUGCUAGCGUGCUAACAGCUAGCGCACGGUUCGCGUCUGAAAUAAUUUUUAGUGCUGUCAGUAAGCAUAACGCUUAUAAUACGUUAAAAUACGUCCACAUAUAAUAUAUAUAUUUGAGGUGGUGAUGAUGAUGAUGUGUGUGUAAAUUGAUUUUUGAGGCUGGUUGUACGUCUGUUAGCAGCGCUUCUGGUCGGUCACUCAGUACAGUUAUGUAAAUGUUCCUCAUUCACGUCAGUUCUAAAGAACUCAAACGUGUACGUGACAUUUACACACGCAUGUUAUUACAUAUAUAUAGUAUAGUCAACUUGGACGUAAAGGUGAUGAUUUCUUUGUGUUUAUAUGGCGACAUUAAAGAUUUUUUUGACUUUGAACAGGUGCUGAAUAUAAGUUACCUAUAUUAUUUUGACACCCUGCCACACUCAUGGCGGGGAGCUUGUUUUAUGCGUUAUAUGUGAUAUUUUGGUGCUUUUUCUAUACGAUGGGUUCACUAAGUGGUUCACAAGGUGGUUGUUAUGCAAUGCGCACCGUUGAAAUCAAUGGGUUUUAAUGGCGAGUGGCUUUGGGUCCCGAGUGAAAUGUAAGUGCAUCUGCUGUUUCAUAAUGUUUACUGUUCAAUCUUCUUUAGUGAAUUCAACACUUGUUUUAUUGAAAGUAGCAGUUAUGGCACGGCUACUUAUAUAGCACGUAUAUGGCACGUAAAGUACAUGUCAUCAUGGUAACGAUGAAUGAAACGCGUAUUGCAUAUAAUUGUUAUGUCAAAUGUUAUGUAAGCACAAACUGUUUAUAAUAAGGAUUGGAUGGGUCACACACACGUACAUCUUUCACAAAAAGUCAUUUGGGAAGUUGAAUGCUGAAGAAUUGGUCAUCAAUUAUUAACUUACAAAGUGUGUGUGUAUAGAUAGAAAAAAAGAGACUUUUUGUUAUGUUUAGACUGUUGGUUGUCAUACAAUGCAAGCGUACAGUCAACUCUCAAGGUCCAAGAGUUCUUCCCGUGAAAUAGUUUCUCUUAAAAUAGAGUUCCUUUACACUACAUGCUUGCAUUGUAAGAUACACUUAUUUUAUGUUCAACAACAAAAAAAGAAAUGACACACACAAUAGAAAAAGUCUAUUUCUAAAGGUACUACACAAGUUAUGCUGUUACUUUGGGAAUCGGAUACAUGGAUAGAUUGAUAAAGAUUGUUGUGUGAAGGUUGGUGCCAAUGUGUGUGUGCGUGCAUGAGUUGUUUUGGAACGGGUUGUGCUGUAUUGUGUGAAUGUGUCAGUGUGUCAGGGCAGUAUGGCCUACAUUCUCAGGCUGGGAAAUGUAGCCUUCUUAUAUAACUCUGUUAUGUAAGUAGGCCUAACUCUCUUCGUUCUGUUUUUUUGCUCUUUCUUUUUGCUCCUUCUUUUCCUCUCCCAGCGAUGUUUUUUGAUUGAAGGUCUUUGGUAGCUCUUUGUUCUCCUCUUGCUGUAUUUCAGUGGUCUUGAUGGUUAUGUGUAAGUAAUGCGCUUGGAGACCCAGGGGACGCCAUGUCAGAAGAGGCGAUCUCAGGAAGCGACCUGGAGCCCAGCCUUAACAGCGAGGAGGAGAUGGAGGAGGAAGAGGACGGAGAUAACGACGGCGAUGAUGAAGAAGAUGCAGGCGCAGACCAGCUCGAGGGCAUGGAGACGGGAGAUCAAAGAGAUCCGACCAGCCCUGCACCUACCUCACCAUCUAGAGAAUCCACCCCCGACCCCUCGUCCCGUCCUCCCUCUCGGACGCCCUCCUCCACGUCACAAGCGUCAUCGCAACCGGGUUCUCAACCCCCCUCCAGCCCAGACAGCUGCAGCAACACAUCUGCCAAUGGCAAGACAAAGAAGAAAAAGUCCAAAACCUCAAAGCCCUCUCACUUGAGGAGGAACAUCCGAAAGCUCCUUAAGGAGCACCAGCUUGAGGCGGGAACCAAAGCCGCCCAGCAGGAGGAGUUAGAGAGACUCCGCCGUUUGGAACAGCAGCGCAAGGACUUCCCUCUUCAUGCAGAUAUACUUUCUGGAGUCCCAGGGCUCAAAGAGGAAGUGAUAUGUCUGGACAGCAGUGGAGAUGAGGGUGAAGCUAAAGAACCCCCGGUCCUUCAGUUACCCACACGGAGAGAUGAUGUGAUUGAGCUGAGCUCCGGGGAUGAAGAUGCCCUACGGAUAAGCAGCGAGGAAGACAACGAUGAAAACCGUUCGGUCACCCCCGGCACGGAGGAAAGUAGCGGAUCUCAUGUUAACGAUGCCCUCAACCUACCUGACAGCCAGGGAAAGGUGCUAGUCAAUAUCAAUCACCCCGGAGACGAUGAAGACCUGUUCCUCGCCCCACAACUCGCCCGUGCCGUCAAACCUCACCAGAUCGGCGGUAUUCGUUUCUUGUAUGAUAAUCUGGUGGAGUCUCUCGAGCGCUAUAAGAACAGCAGUGGGUUCGGUUGUAUUCUGGCUCACAGCAUGGGUCUUGGCAAAACCCUUCAGGUCAUCUCCUUCAUUGACAUCCUGCUGCGGCACACUGGAGCCAAAACAGUCCUCGCUAUUGUACCUGUGAAUACACUACAAAACUGGUUAGCAGAGUUUAAUCUCUGGCUGCCUGCUGCUGAGUCCCUUCCCCCCGACACGGAUCCAGCCCAGGUGUCUUCUCGAACCUUUAAGGUUCAUAUCCUCAAUGAUGAGCACAAAAACACGGUAGCCCGGGCUAAAGUGGUGGAGGAGUGGACCCGUAACGGAGGCGUGCUGCUGAUGGGAUAUGAAAUGUACCGCCUGCUAUCUCUUAAAAAGAGCUUUGUGACCGGACGCAAAAGGAAGUCCAAGAAACCUGCUGGACCCGUUAUUAUCGACCUGGACGAGGAGGACAGACAGCAAGAGCUCAUGAAAGGAAUCGAAAGAGCGCUUUCUCGGCCCGGCCCGGAUGUUGUUAUAUGCGACGAGGGUCACCGCAUUAAGAACUGCCACGCCAGCACUUCCCAGGCCUUGAAAAACAUCCGGUCACGGCGGCGUGUGGUGUUGACCGGAUAUCCGCUGCAAAACAACCUGAUCGAGUACUGGUGCAUGGUGGAUUUCGUCCGGCCCGAUUUCCUCGGUACUCGGCAGGAGUUUAGUAACAUGUUCGAGAGGCCCAUUCUGAAUGGCCAGUGUAUAGAUAGCACACCCCAAGACGUUCGGCUUAUGAGAUACAGGAGUCAUGUAUUGCACAGUCUGCUGGAGGGCUUCGUACAGAGACGAGGUCACGAUGUCCUACAAAUGCACCUGCCUAUGAAAGAAGAGCAUGUGAUCCUGGUACGACUGUCUCCGUUACAAAGAGCACUCUACACUGAGUUUAUGAACCGCUUUAGAGAGGCGGGAAACAGCGGCUGGCUCGGACUCAACCCGCUCAAAGCUUUCUGUGUCUGCUGCAAGAUCUGGAAUCAUCCAGAUGUUCUGUACGAAGCACUGCAGAAAGAGAAUCUGACCAAUGAGCAGGAUUUGGAUCUGGAUGAUCUUAAUUCCACCGGUGGGACCCGGUGUCCCGCUCCUGGAAUAAAGGGAAAGGCAUCUGACCCUGCCAACAGCAAAGUGUCUAUGGCUGCUAUGGGCCUGAAUCCUUUACAGGAGAGGGCAAAUCAAGUUAUUACCUAUGAAUGGGCCAAAGAAAUUAUGAGCAACUACCAGACGGGUGUGCUGGAGAACUCGGCCAAGAUGGUUCUACUGUUCCACCUCAUUGAUGAAAGUGUAGGCCGAAGAGAUAAAAUCUUAGUUUUCAGUCAGAGCUUAUCCACGCUCACGGUUAUGGAAGAUUUCCUCACUCGGAGGCCCAUGCCAAUCCAAACAGAAAGCGGUACACACAACUGGGUCCGAAACAUCAAUUACUACAGGCUGGAUGGAAGCACAUCGGCUUCGGAGAGAGAGAGACUCAUCAACCAGUUUAAUGACCCGGCAAAUAACCAAGCUUGGGUCUUUCUGCUGUCCACCAGGGCCGGCUGUCUGGGGGUGAAUCUGAUCGGAGCCAAUCGUGUGGUGGUUUUCGACGCCUCGUGGAACCCCUGUCACGAUGCGCAGGCCGUGUGCCGCGUGUACCGCUACGGUCAACGCAAACCCUGUCACAUCUACAGGCUGGUCUGUGACUUCACACUGGAGAAGAAGAUUUACGACCGUCAGGUGUCCAAACAGGGCAUGUCGGAUCGAGUCGUGGAUGACCUGAACCCUGUUCUUACCUUUACACGGAAAGAGGUGGAGUCUCUGCUGCACUUUGCGGAGGAGGAGCCCAAUCCCAACCAAACCCAGAUGGCCCCGAAUGGGGACAUGGAAAUCGUCAUUGAACAAGCGUGUCUGCGUUACCCACACCUCAUAUCCAAGCAUCCGUUCCAUCACGAGUCUCUGCUGAUGGAUCGCAAAGAGCUGAAACUGACCAAAGCGGAAAAAAGAGCAGCCAAGAAGAGCUACGAAGAUGAGAAACGGGCAUCUGUGCCGUAUCAACGACCAUCUUACGCACAUUAUUACCCAGCCAGUGACCAGAGCCUCACCAAUAUCCCUGCCUUCAGCCAGAGGAACUGGCGCCCGCCCCCUCAUUUAGAAGAGAAGCCUGUCGCAAGCGUGAGGCCGGUUCAGUCCACACCCAUUCCCAUGAUGCCUCGGCAGGUGCCCAUGGGCGUUCCUGGUUCAAGCGCGGGAUUCCCUGUAAACUACUUACAAAAGGCCGGGGUAUAUGUGCAACGAGUCGUCACCACCACUGAUAUAGUCAUCCCAGGGUCGAACAGCAGCACAGACGUUCAAGCCCGAAUCGGUGCAGGAGAAAGUAUUCAUGUUAUCAAAGGAUCCAAAGGCACGUACAUCCGGACCAACGAUGGAAGGAUAUUUGCUAUACGCUCUGGAAAGCCAAGAGCGUCCGAUGAGGCAGCUGCAGCUUUAGGAGAGGACUCAGGCUCUCCCAUGCAUCCUGUCAGCAACGGCCGCACGUCCCCUCAGGAGCAAAAGCGUUUAUCCCCCGAAGCCCCGGCUCGCCCAUCCUCUCCAGACAGCCCUCAAUUGCUCAGAGAAAUCCACGGCAAAGAAACCGCUUCCGCUGGAGACAACUUCACAUCUUUGACAAUACCCGAAGCCCCCGGCAUGGACACACCUGCACAGCACAGCCGCGUCCCCGACCCGCAUCGGCAGCUCAACAGCGACAUCAUCACAUCCUCCCUAGACGUUCAAAGCUUAAAGCGGAAGCUUUCUGAAAGUCGGACAUCUAAACAGCCUAUCAGCAAACGGACCUCGACACCUGCCGGUGCAGCUGGAAGUUACCCUGGAUUUCCUCUUGGCAGCGGCUUUGGGUUUCCACCCAUGGGGCUUAACCCCUCCCUACUGGGUGCCCUGGGUCACCUAACUCCGCCCACGCUCGGAAGCAGGUCGCAUCUCCUGCAGCAAGCCGGGCAGACCCUGGGUGACUUACACGCCAUGUUCCCCACAGACACUCUCGGACUUGGCGUGACCAACAGCUCGCUUUCUUCGACUUGCUCUACCAACACCACCUCCACAACCCAUGCUGAUAUGUUGGCCUCCUCUUCGUCAUCAGUGCCGUCGUCAUCGUCCUCUUCCUCCUCUCUCCCUCCAUUUCUGAUGAAUCCCAGCAUGGCAAGCAUGCUCUCUGGUUUUCAAGUACCGUUUACCCAGCCUAUGUUUUCGGGUCCCUUACACCCGAGGGGCUUAACGUCUAUGUCCACUCCUGCUUCGACUGCCUCGACCUUCCUCUCGUCCUCCGGCCUGCUGGGGCCGGUUUUCAGCCACCCCAACAUGCACUCCUCCCACGCUGAAAAUGGAGGAAGCAGCUCGGAUGAUGAUGUCAUAGAGGUAAUGGGUCAGUGAGGUACGAUUGCGAAACGGAGAAUCCCAUUGGACGACGGUGAAAUCCUAUAAAUCCAAAUGCUGUAUAUGCUUGGAGUUAGGAAAGUUGAUAUAUAUUUUUCUUUACAGUAAGGGACCAGAUCGCAGGGCUCCUGCAAAGAGCCCUGAUCAUCGAUUCUCUCUCCUGGAUAUACGGACCACCCCCCCCCACAGAGAGAAAUUACCGAUACUAAUGUGAUUGUCUUUUCAGACUGUUUGCAUACAUAAGAGACGACUCUAGAGAUACUUAGCCGUUUGCUAGACCCUGUAGCAUCCCCAAGGAUGAUAAAAGACGACAUCUGUGACCUUUUUUUAUUUGUAAUUGUAAGUACUACUACUGCUUUUUGUAAACGGUGGUCCUACAUGAAUAUUCUUAAUUGUCUUGCUCAUUGAAUUCGCAGACCGGGCGACGGGAGGAUUCGUAACAUUUGCGAAAUGUCAGAAGCCAUGCCCAGAGUCCGACACCACCAAGACCUUUUCUUUAUCCUUUUGAAAAAACAAACACACAAAAAAACCUUAAAACUCGAAUGUAUUCUCAUGUUAGCCUUUAAAAUCGGGUGGAGGGGUGUACGUUUAGUGCGUUUAGUUCGAUAUUAGCCUUAAAGCAGACAAAAUGGAUCUGUGUUCUCAUUCAAUCGCGUAGCAACAAAAAUCAUCCGUUCCACAUCGAGAUAAUUUUAUGAAUGUGUAGACUGUUAUGCGACCCUAUUUGCUGUUGUUGUUUUUUUGUUAGUUUUGCGCAGUCAUGUUGUUAGUUGGCAGUUUCUUGUGUUGGGGCCACAAAUCAUGACCAAAGUUGUUCGUUCGGCAGUUUCAAAGACUAUAAACGUGUUAGACUUUUGUGUUAAUGUUGAGUCGUACAUGCGCUCUCUGGUUGACCUGUGACUGACGAAUCCCUCAGCCAAUAACACUGUUCAUUCUCUGUGCCUAUUAGAGCUCUUUAUUUUGACUCCUCCCACAAUUUGAGUUCUGAUCAAGUCUGCUAACGCUGUUAUAUAAAUUCUCUGGUGUGCAUUCAAUAUGUGAUUUAGAUUUUUCUCCCUAAUCUUUGUUUUGUAUUAUGACAUGUAUUCAUUUUUUUGACUAUGUACAAAUUUAUUAGAAAUAUUUAUUUAUGCUGAAGAGUUAUUUCGUUUUCGUUCUUUUUUUAUUUUUUAUACGUUUUUUUAAGAUAAAAGGUCCCUCUGUCAGAGAGGUGAGGGGGGGGUUUCCCUCAUACGCCAUCUGUUAGCAACUCGGCAGUUGGGACCCACAAUGCUGUCCCAUGAGAUGCGCACACGUCAUCUCAUGUCCCGGCAUGAGGAGGAGUAGAGUAAAAUGACAUUGUAUUUAUUAAAUAUUGUUUUAACAUAAAUAAACUUGACUCCUGUAUUGAGAAUACGGUUCCAUCA